GCCCGUGGUCGGCUGUUCCUGUUUUGAGCGCAUAAAUAAUCGGCGGCUCGAUCGGCCCAGCAGUGCAUCUCUCUCUCCGAGCAUCAUCCCGUCCUGUGCGAUGGCGGCCAAGGAGCGACUGGACACCAUCCGCAAGCACCUUCAAGGAGCCGGCAACAAGUCCGGCGAUGAUGCACGCUCCCAGGACGGCGGUGCCGCGGCGAAGGGCGUCUGCCCGCCGGUGGCCAGGACCACCACGAUUCCCAGACGAAGGCAAGACUUGCUGAAGUGGAAUGGCUGGGGAUACAAAGACUCCAAGUUUGUGGUUGAUGGCACCACACAUCAUAUUUCGUUCACAGGUGACAGGUACAAGAUUGGGAACAAGGUGCUGCCUCACUUCAAGGCCUGGGUCGAGUCGGCGUUGGGCGUCGACCUUAGUGUCCUCAUGCCGGCUCAGCCCCCACCUUCAGACCAGGAACUUCCGCCCCCCAUAAUCAACGAGGCAUUCCUGGAGGACGUUCGUCGUGCCGGCAUUUCCUACUCGGCCGAUGGCCAGGACAGGCUUUUCAGGGCACAUGGUCACACCAUGCGGGAGAUCUUCAUCCUGCGGGAAGGUUCGUUCGCUCGCAUUCCCGACUUGGUCGUCUGGCCGCUGUGCCAUGAAGACGUCGUCAGUCUGGUGUCCCUGGCUUCGCAGCACAACGUUGUCGUCAUACCAUUUGGAGGUGGUACGAGCGUGUCGGGUGCCCUCGAAUGUCCGGUUACAGAGACCAGGAUGAUUGUUUCACUGGACACAUCUCAAAUGAAUCGUAUCCUGUGGGUUGACAAGGUGAACAUGACUGCCAACAUUGAGGCUGGCAUCAUUGGCCAAGACCUGGAGAGACAGCUGGCAGAGCAUGGCCUUUGCACGGGGCACGAACCAGACUCGUACGAGUUCAGCUCACUCGGUGGCUGGGUGGCGACUCGGGCGUCCGGGAUGAAGAAGAACGUGUACGGAAACAUUGAGGACCUGGUGGUGCACGUGCGGCUGGUGACGCCCAGUGGCACGGUCGAGCGCAGCUGCCAAGUGCCCCGCAUCUCAAGUGGGCCCGACGUGCACCACUUCGUGCUUGGUUCGGAAGGUACCCUGGGUGUGGUUACACAGGUGGUGCUCAAGGUGCGGCCGCUGCCGCAGUGCCAACGCUACGGCUCCAUCGUCUUCCCCACUUUCGAGCCGGGUGUCGCCUUCUUGCAGGAGGUCACCCGACAGAACAUUCGGCCAGCCUCCAUACGUCUCAUGGACAACCAGCAGUUCGUCUUCGGGCAAGCACUCAAACCCGAAGCAUCCUCCCUCCUGGCACCACUGUGGGACGGCUUCAAGAAGUUCUAUGUGACGCGCAUCAAGGGCUUCAAUCCUGAGCAGAUCUGCGUCACUACUCUGCUGUUUGAAGGCAACAAAGAGGACGUCGACAUACAAGAGAGGCGGGUGUAUGAGGUUGCAGCCAAAUACGGUGGCUUGGCUGCUGGUGAAGAGAAUGGCAUGCGGGGAUACAUGCUGACCUUUGUCAUCGCAUACAUCAGGGACCUAGGUCUGGACUUCAGCGUCGUUGCCGAAUCGUUCGAAACAUCUGUACCAUGGGACAGGGUGGUGGACCUGUGCCGCAACGUCAAGGACGUCAUCAUGCGAGAGACACGGAAUCACGGCGUGUCUUUGCCCCCGCUGGUUUCGUGUCGCGUGACACAGACGUACGACGCGGGAGCCUGCGUCUACUUCUACUUUGCCUUCAACUACUCGGGCGUCGCCGAUCCCGUCCAUGCGUACGAGGAGAUUGAGGCCGCGGCGAGAGACGAGAUCCUGGCAUGCGGAGGCAGCAUUUCUCAUCAUCACGGAGUUGGCAAGAUACGAAAGCGCUGGCUCGAGCAGACGAUAUCAAGCACGGGCUUGCAGAUGCUCCGCGCCGUGAAGCAAAGCGUCGACCCACAGAACAUCUUCGCCAACGGCAACCUGGCGAUGUGAAUUCAACGAACAAAACGGACUAUGCUGCUUCUUCCAGGAGGCAUUUUCGUGGAAGGCUCACACUAGCAGGGUUGCUGACACAGCCGCCAGGCUUUUAUAAAAAGCCAGCUUCUCGUGGCUUUUUUUAUAAAGGGCAUUAGGGUUAACUGUCAGUUGACUUGUGUCACAAGGGAAUGGAACGAGGCAAGCUGAGAAGGACGAGUGGUGGAAUAGAUUCCACUGAUGCGUCUUUGUGCAAGUCUGUUUGCCACUGUGCCACGCCGUUCCUGGUGCACAUGGGGGCACCCGCCUGUAGUUGUGACUGUGGUGUAGUUGGGUAAGGUUGACCACACUUCGGGCUGACUCCAGCUACUUUGGAAGGAUGCCUCUUUGACGUGCGACUAUGGUACACUUGUUAACUACUGGGGUGUACUUGCUUACAUUGCGAUUGCUUCUUUUUGUACCCUCUUCAGUCUAGUAACGUUCAGAGUGCGCACAUUGCGUGAAACUCACCAGGGUGCAAUUAUCCACAUGCCCAGUGCCCAAGUACGUCGGUUAGAGUCGAAUCUGGAUAUAUCGAAUCUUAAGGGGAUCACAAGUUUCAUAUACAUAUAGUUAUUCCAUAUAUCACAAAUUUUAUAUAUUAAAAAUAUAUUCAAGGUCAUAUUACAGCUCCACGAUAUGCGCAAUACUGUAAUUCAUUACAUGUGGGUUCGAUAUAUUCGGGUUCAGCUGUAUCUCCAGUCACAUGAAUUGCAUUGCCACAGCAGUCUUGUACAGCCAUCACACUGGUGCAGUGUCACCACAACCAGCAUGUAGUACAUUAACGCUAAGUUGAAGAAGAAAAAAAUCUUGCGACGUGGUUGCCUGUGAGUCAACCACGUUGUGAGUCAACCACGCAACGUGGUUGACUGUGAACCACUCAAGGAAACAUGGACAGGGGAAGCACACACUACUGGCUGAGUUAUGUUUACUUCAACUUACUAUUGACACUUGAACAUCGUUUCAUGGUUGAGCGAAUAACAAUGCUUGGCCACCGUGCUGCUCGUUGUUUUCUUUCAUCUCCUGCAUCUCCGAGUGUACUGCAAAGCAUGCCAGUGUGUGUGUGUGUUUUGGCACAAACUAAAUAUUAAAUUUAGUUGAUAAUGUUUUGGUCCUG